CCUCAGCAAGUCUUGUUACUCCUUUUCGCUCUCUGACGAGCCUCUGCGUCUAGGCGGCAAGGCCGUCGUCUUCAAUCCUGUUUUUUCAAAUCGGGAAACGGGAGAGACGAGCAGAAGUAUUUAACCUAAUCUGAGAUUCUAGGGCACGAAGAAUAUGGCGCAUAGGUUGCUAAGGAAUCUGGAGGCCGAUGGUUGGGAACGCGCUGAUUUCCCCAUCAUUUGCGAAUCUUGCCUUGGCGACAAUCCCUACGUUCGCAUGACAAAAGCGGAUUAUGAUAAGGAAUGCAAGAUCUGUACACGACCAUUCACAGUUUUUAGGUGGAGGCCAGGUCGCGAUGCGAGAUUUAAAAAGACAGAGGUCUGCCAGACCUGCAGCAAGCUGAAAAAUGUCUGCCAGGUGUGUCUACUGGAUCUUGAGUAUGGGUUGCCAGUUCAGGUUCGAGAUACUGCGCUGGCUAUCAAUUCAAAUGAUGCUAUCCCAAAAAGUGAUGUCAACAGGGAGUACUUUGCCGAGGAGCAUGACCGCAGGGCUCGGGCUGGCAUAGACUAUGAAUCCUCAUAUGGAAAGGUGCGGCCAAAUGACACUAUAUUAAAGCUUCAGAGAACAACACCGUAUUACAAGAGAAACCGGGCACAUGUUUGCAGUUUUUAUGUACGGGGUGAAUGCACAAGAGGUGCUGAAUGUCCCUAUCGGCAUGAAAUGCCUAUAACUGGCGAGUUAUCACAACAGAAUAUUAAAGAUCGCUACUAUGGAGUUAAUGAUCCAGUUGCCAUGAAGCUUCUGAAUAAAGCAGGUGAAAUGACAUCAUUAAUGGCCCCUGAAGAUGAGAGCAUUAAGACCCUCUACGUUGGUGGUCUUGAUGCUAGGGUAACUGAGCAGGAUCUGAGGGACCACUUCUAUGCACAUGGUGAGAUUGAAUCCGUAAGAAUGGUACUCCAGCGUGCAUGUGCUUUUGUAACCUAUACUACUAGGGAAGGUGCAGAAAAGGCAGCAGAAGACCUCUCAAAUAAGCUAGUCAUCAAGGGUCUGAGGCUGAAGCUAAUGUGGGGGAAGCCCCAGGUUCCAAAACCAGAGUCGGAGAAUGCUGAGGAUGAGGCUGUGAGACAGCAGGGGACUGUGGCCCAUGGUGGUUUGCUGCCAAGGCAAGUGAUAUCUCAACAGCAGAAUCAACCACCACCACCACCAGGGGCUUUGGAUCAACAGCAACAACCCAUACACUACUUCAAUAUUCCACCUCCACUUCCACCUGAGAGGAACUUUUAUCCGUCGAUGGAUCCUCAAAGGAUGGGAGCGCUUAUCCCAUCACAGGAAGGGGCGAGUAGUGCGUCAGGUGAGAACAAAUCAGGUUCAGAAAAGCAACAACAGGGAGGACAGCAUUAUCCCUACCAAGGUAUGCCACCACAGCCAGGCCAUUAUCCACAGUUCUAUCCACCUUAUGGGUACAUGCAGCCACCACCACCACCACCAUAUCAUUAUCCUCCACCAUAUCAGUCUGCUGUGCCCCCACCACUGCCACCCCCAGCAGCUCAGCAGUAUCAGCCAGCCGGACCACCAGGAUCUUCACAGUACCAGUAAUUUAUUGUUUUCCUUGUCUCAGAAACCUUAGGACAAGACAAGUUUGGCAUUUAUGUAGAUUUUUAUUUUUCAGAUCUUUUGCUUUAGGGUUUUAUCCCCCCUGUAGAUUCAACAAUUUAAUCAUAAACACUUGUGUGUGUACCCCAUGUACCGUAUAGAGCUAAUUUUUCAUGAUGAGGUUUUUUAUUC